GUCAGGCAAACCCUCACGCGGAGCUUGAGCACGUUAGUGUGCAUACGGUGCACACUGAAGCAUCCAGUUACGUGCCCCAGCAACAUCAGCCUCAGCCGGAACCUCAGCCAGUUCCGGAGCAGUUCGCGGGUCAGAACCCGAAUAUGGCAGUUCCGAUGUUCCAACCACAAAUGGUUGCGAACAUGUUCCAGUUCUUCCAGCAGAUGGCUGGAGCGCAUGUGCUUAAAAUUGCAAAAGAAGAAAAUGGAAAGCUCAUGCUAACAGGUGAAUACACAGCUCAGAAAGGAAUAAUCAGCAAGGUUGCUGAUGAAUUCAAUGUUUCCAGAAGAAGCAUAGGAGACAUAUGGUGCAGAGCUAGAAAACAGUUAAAGGAGGGAGUUGCCAUUGAUGUCAAAGGUAAGGUGUAUGGGAAUACUGGUAGGAAAAGAGUGGUCAUAGAUGUAGAAUCUAUCCCAAACAUUCCUCUAGCCCAAAGGACAACCAUCAGAUCACUAGCUGCUGCACUUGACAAUGGAGAAGUACUGUGGGAUGGGAAAAUUGGAAUAUUUCCUUUUGUUGAGAAUGUGGCAGCUAAAAGAACAGCUAAAAGAAAGAGCAAGAAUAGAGAGGCUGGGUUUUUGGAAAUGAAACAAUUACUUAGUGUUACCAAAGAAGUGACAAAAGAUAUGUUAGUGAACCAAGUUAUACCUGCAAUCCAUGAGAAAUGGCCAUCUUUCUUAGACAGAAGCAUUGUGCUUCAGCAAGACAAUGCCAGACCCCACAUUUCUGGGACAAACCAAGACUUCAUGACAGCAGGAAAUGCAAAUGAACUUGUGGAAGCCGUUAGGGGUGCAUAUGCAGCUAUUACAGCAGAGACAUUGAACAAGGUAUGGUUAAGCUACCAAGAUGUGAUGCAGCAAGUUAUGAAUGAUGAAGGAGGAAACAAGUACAAACUGCCACAUAUGGCCAAUGAUAGAUUGGCUAGACAAGGAGCACUACCAGUGUAUCUAAAUGUACCACAUACAUUGGUGGAGAAGGGAGUAAGGGUCCUUGCCCAAGACCAGCCUGAGUUCAUGCCUGAAGAUGGAGAAGACUUCUCAUCUUCAGAGAUGAACUAAGUGUUUAUGAAAUGAACACAAUCUUUUUGAUUUUUGUUAAUGGUUGGGUACAUUCUUUUUUUGGCUUUUGAUUUUUGUAAAUGCAUGUUAUGCCUAGGCAGAAGUAGGAAAGUAAGUACUUGAGCUUUUUUUGUUUUCAACAUCAAGGCAACUACUCAAAUGUACUCCAAUAAAUUUUCUUUCACUAC